GGGCGGCCCCACCUCCUUGUGUUCCUCUUCGCCGCUCGCCGCCCAACCCCGACUAGCCGGCGGCGCGGGCGCGGGCGCGCAUACGGGGUCCGCGGAGACUCCUCCAGCAUGCGGUGGCGGCACACGACCAACUCCUUCUCUUCCUCUUGCUUCAUCUUCGCUGCCCCCUUCCUUCUCCGACCAAGUCGCCGUGCCCAGGGCGUCAGGGUGUAUAAGGAGGAGCAUAUGGCUGACCAUGUAUCUAGCACAGACGCUGCAAGAACAGGAUGUCUUGUCCUUGAAGGAGUUGGUUGACACCACAACAUUGGAGGAAUCACCCAGCACUGCCACUUCCUUGCCCUCUCCGCAGGACACGAUUGAGAUCUCACCAUCAUCAUGGUGCUGCCUUUCCUCCAACCCCAGCAUGGCUAGAGAAGGCAGGGUCCACCGAGCUGCAUCUGGCUUCCUCGGUGAUGAAGAAGCCGCAGAUGGGGGCCAAGGUGGAGAAUAUUUUGUUGGGCGCAAGAAUCCUUCAACUUCGUGGCUGUGCCUACAUAGGAUGAGCGACGGCGUUUUCCUGGACAGUGUUCGUGUAGCAGCUCCUGUGUGAGCUUUCCUCGUUUAUCUUUUUCUACUGGUAGCUGUACUUUAAACUGGUGGCUGGUUAUUUUGGUGGUGAGCUUGAUGCUUGCAGCUGGUAUCCCCAGCAGAUUAUUGUGCC